AUGCUCCUCGACCCUCUCAUCAACCGGCCUAACCGCGUCGUGGAGAAGCAGCGGAUGAUCCAGGCGUCGCGCGACCCCAUCUACCUCAGUAACCCCGGCGCGAAAAUCUACGUCCGGGCAUACUAUGGUCUCUUUGCUUUCGGCAUGCUCGGAGCAGUCUAUGGUAUGGUUUCGUUGAUCAAGGGCAAGCCCGCGGCGGAGUAG